AUGGCCGGCGCGACAGCCUCGGACGCGCACCCGACCAUGGGGGUCAAGAUCUUCUCGGCUGGAGCGGCCGCCUGCUUGGCCGACGUGGUCACCUUCCCGCUGGACACGGCCAAAGUCCGGCUACAGAUCCAAGGCGAGUGCCGGACCUCCAGUGCUGUUAGGUAUAAAGGUGUCCUGGGCACAAUCACCACUCUGGCCAAAACCGAAGGGCCAAUGAAACUCUACAGCGGGCUGCCCGCCGGCCUCCAGAGGCAGAUGAGCUUCGCCUCGCUUAGGAUCGGCCUCUAUGACACGGUCCAGGAGCUCUUCAGCGCAGGCAGGGAAGGUGCUCCGACUUUAGGAAGCAAGAUCUUGGCUGGCUUAACUACUGGAGGAGUGGCGGUAUUCAUCGGUCAACCCACAGAGGUUGUGAAAGUCAGACUUCAAGCGCAGAGCCAUUUACAUGGUCCCCAACCUCGCUACACUGGGACUUACAAUGCCUACAGAAUUAUAGCAACAACAGAAGGCUUGACUGGACUUUGGAAGGGGACUACUCCCAAUCUGAUGAGAAAUGUCAUUAUUAAUUGUACAGAGCUAGUGACAUAUGAUCUAAUGAAAGGGGUCUUUGUGAACAACAAACUACUAGCAGAUGACCUACCCUGCCACUUUGUGUCGGCUCUUAUUGCUGGAUUUUGCACAACACUUCUGUCUUCUCCAGUGGAUGUGGUAAAAACCAGAUUUGUCAAUUCUUCACCGGGACAGUAUACAAGUGUGCCCAACUGUGCGAUGGCAAUGUUCACUAAGGAAGGGCCGACGGCUUUUUUCAAAGGAUUUGUACCUUCCUUCUUGAGACUUGCAUCCUGGAAUGUCAUAAUGUUUGUGUGCUUUGAACAUCUGAAAAGAGAAUUGAUGAAAUCAAGGCAGACCGUGGACUGCACCACAUAAUCAGCUUCAAGAAAAGGAUGCAACACCCAGUGGGAACUUUUGCUGAAUGGAUCAUCAAAAAAACCUAAAAAACGAAAAAAACUAUUCACUUGAUUUCACCCUAAAAAGAUGCAGGAAUUUUGGUAGAGUGUUUUUGGACCUUAUUUUUUAAUUUAAAAAAAGAGAACUAAUACCUAUUUCAUAUAACUUUUAUUCUUAAUGUCUUAAGGAGGAAUAAAGCAAAACAUUCAGUAUACACCCUGGCAAAUGUAAUGCCCAGAUAAGUUCUGCAUUUG